AGAUGAUCAGAUGUAAUUUAUUUAAGAGCAAUGAAGAAAUAUUUAUAUUAGUAGCAAUAUGAGCGAGACCAUGUGUAAAUGUGAUUUAUAGUAGAAGGAAAAUUAAUAAAGGGACUAAUGAACCGGAGGGCUGUGAAAGCUCAGGCGCGCGGGCGGGGGAAGCUCUGCUGAGUCUGGGGGCCCCCAGUGUGGCCCACGCAGGCAGGAAGACAUGUCGGGCGAACCCGCUUUUCCCGACAUCGUGGACCUGAACGUCGGUGGCGUCUAUUAUACUACUUCUUUACAAACCCUUACAAGAGAGCCGGACUCUCAAUUAGGGGUGAUAUUUACAUCGCGCGAACCGGCGACGAAAGAUACAAAAGGUCGAUAUUUUUUGGACCGCGAUGGUGUACUAUUCCGAUACGUGCUAGAUUAUUUAAGAGAUGGUGGUUUAGUGCUUCCCGAGUGUUUCAGAGAACGCGAAAGGUUAAAAAAAGAGGCAGAGAAAUAUAAUCUUCCAGGUUUGGUGGAGGCCGUCGCCGAAGGAUCCAGAUCGCGACCGCCCGGAAUUAUAACAGUUGGAUAUCGUGGCAGCUUCCAGUUUGGUAAAGAUGGUUUAGCCGACGUUAAGUUUAGAAAGUUGUCCAGAAUUUUAGUAUGCGGUCGGGUUGCGUUAUGUAGAGAUGUCUUUGGGGAAACUUUGAACGAAAGUCGCGACCCCGAUCACGGUCAAUCUGAACGUUAUACUUCCCGUUUCUUCCUUAAACAUUCUUUCUUAGAACAAGCUUUUGAUAUGUUAUUAGAGCAAGGCUUCAAAAUGGUGGGUAGUUGUGGUUCCGGUACAGCUGGAAGUGCAUCCGAAUUGAAGCCCGGUGUCGAUGCCGAAGAGAGUCGUUGGAAUCACUAUAAUGAAUUUGUGUUUGUGCGGGAAUAGUGAAAUUCGACCAAAUUUUUGAAUCUACUUUCAUAUCGCAUACUUGCAUAAUUGCGUAAAUUAGGACCUAUCGUAAGUAACUAUUAUCCAAACAAAGAUUGUUAAAUAUUUAUCUAAAGAGGCAUAUAUUUAUAGUAACAACGGGGAUGUAUAAAUAAAUACAGGGGGAUUGUGAUCGGCACCCGACGAAAAAAGGGCAGUCGAAGUACUUGUUGCUUUCGCGGCAAAUCGUCUACAGCAUUAAAUCAAAUCAAUAGCCUCGGUUUCGGAAAAUCUAUUUAUACCAUCCCCAUCUUCUAAAAGAACCAAAUACUUGCAUAAAAUUGUAUAUAACAUAAAUGUAACAAAAUUAUUAAA